AUGUCUUAUUUAAAUAAAAGUUUAAUGUUUAAGUUUUUAAAUAAAAUUAAAAAGAAAUCAAAUAUUCAUACGCAUAUUUUAACUCCAAAAUUAAGUAAAAUAAAAGUUAAUGAAUCAAGUUUAUUUAAGCCAACUUUAGAAGAUGGUAAGUAUGAAAUAACAAAAACUCAGGAAGUUCCUGGACAUAUUAAUUGUCCAAAUUAUUCCAAAACAGGAAUUGUUGAAAAUUGUAACAUUUCCUAUGAAAUAAAAGAUGAAGAAAAUAUUAAAAAAAUGAAAAAGGCAGGAAAAUUAGCAGCUGAAUGUUUGAAGUUAUGUUUAGAAAAUUCAAAAAAAGGUGUAACUACUGAUUAUAUAGAUAAAUUGGCUUUUGAUUUUAUUAUAAAAAAUAAUGCUUAUCCUGCAGGGAUUAAUUUUCAUGGAUUUCCGAAAACUCUUUGUGCAUCACCAAAUGAAGUGGUGUGUCAUGGAAUACCUAAUUUAAGAAAAUUAAAAAGUGGUGAUAUUAUAACAUAUGAUUGUACUGUUUUUUUAGAUGGUGUAUUUGGAGAUUGUGCAGGAACAGUAGCAAUAGGAGAAGUCUCAGAAAAUCAUAAGAAAUUAAUUGAUGUAAGUAAAGAAUGUCUUUAUAAAGCUAUUUCAAUUUGUAGAGAUGGUCAAAAAUUCUCAGAAAUUGGAAGAGUAAUAACUGAACAUGCACAAAAAAAUGGGUUUAAUGUAAUUAGAGAUUUCUGUGGUCAUUUUAUAGGAAGAAAUAUGCAUAUGUAUCCACUAAUUGAGCAUCAUUAUCCAAAUAGUCAUAAUAAUGAUUGUAUGAAAAAAGGACAAAUAUUUACAAUUGAACCAAUACUAUCUGAAGGUAGUAUAAACAUACAUACAUGGAAAGAUCAAUGGACAGUCUGUACUAAUGAUAAUUCUUUUUGUUCUCAAUGGGAACAUACUAUUUUAGUUUUGCAAAAUAGUGCAGAAAUAUUAACAUUAAGUGAAUAA